AACAUUGUAUUAACAACCAUGUGUGAAGAUAUAUCAAAUGGUCUAGAUCUACCUUCAGAUUGGGCUGAUCUUUCUAUAUGCUUUGAUCUAGAAGGCAAUUUAUUAGGAAUACAAUUCCUGGAACUAGAAAUAAUAAAUCAGCCACAGUAUAGUCGACGUUUUCGUUACAUUUCUGAAUUCAAGAGUGGUUCACUAUCAGGUGAAAAUAAAGCUCCUAUCACCGUGAAAGUAAAUAAAUAUGUUGAUGGUUCCUUUAUAAGAUGCAGUUUAGUUGAUUUUAAGACCAGAGUAAACCAUCCCUAUUGUUUAGUGGAAAAAAGAAAAGAUGAAAAAAUUCUUCAUGAUCAGACUUAUUAUGAGGUUCCAGUUGAUCCAAAAGAACACACUGCUAAAUUAAAAAAUAUAGAAAUCAUUAUCACCAAAGACAAAAAUAAGCAACAUGCUGAGAUCCUAAUGAAAAAAGAAAAGAGAGAUGGAAAGGAGAACACACCCCAAUUGUUAGAGCAAAUAAAUAAAAACUUGAAGAAUAUUGAUCUCAACGUUGUUGCUCUAUGUUUUGAAGCAUUUUACAAAAUUGGUGACGAAAAUAUUCCGCUAAGUGAGAAAAUUUUUUCAAAUGCAAUAAAAAAUUCUAAUACCUCAAGUACUGCUAAGCUUGAAAUUGCAGUAUAUAGAGUAUUCAAAAAUAAAAAUUACGAUGAAGUUUUGAUAAUUUUGAAAAAUAAAAUUAAUAUAGAUAAACUAGAAAUUAAAUUUUACGAGAAUGGUUCAUUGUUAAAUUGGCAAUUAGAGAAAAUGUAUUACCAUCAAGCUGUUAUUAUAAUACGAAUCCCAUCAGACUGUGUAGAAAAGGUUAAGGGGAAAAUUAAAAUUGAGUUAUACAGGACUACUGAUGAAGAAUCAAUUUUUAUUCCUUAUGGUAUCAGUGAAUGUGCAAUGGAAACUGAUGGCUUAGAUGAAAAUGAUUCAUUUAAUUCUUUUGAUGAAAAAUCUUUGUUCGAAGCUUUAAUUUUUGAUAAAUUUGAAAAAGCCAAAGAAAUAAUAACUAGAAUGCUAGAUGAUAGAUCGAUACAUCAUAGUGACUGUCAGAGUAAUAUUAAAGAGAAAGCAUUACACCUCGCUAUUUUGAAAAAUCAACCAAAAAUAGUCAAAAAACUUCUUGAUAUGGGGAUUGAUCUAAAUAUGCUUGAUGAUAAUGAAAAUACUGCUUUGCAUUUGGCUAUUGAAGCUUCAGCUUAUGACUGCAUCGAUGAGUUACUAAAGUAUAAAGAUAAAAUUAAUUUUCAUAUUUCUAAUGAAUGUGGCUACAUGCCAUUACAUUUGGCGAUAAAAAGAAAUUCUUUGAAGAUUGUUAAAUCUUUGGUAGAGGCUGGGGCUCAAAUAAAUUCAAUAAAUAGAUCCAAUGAAAAAACAUGCCUUGAAAUGGCCCAACAUUACAAACAACGCAGUAUAAUAAAGUAUUUGCAGCACAAAGCCAAGGAAGAUCUCAGUAUGGAUUAUGAUGAUGCUAAAGAUAUGACUCCUGUUGAUCUUGGACCAUCCCAAGGUUCUAAAUACUCAGAAGUGUUUGAUAUAUUGAAAACUGAUGCAAAUAUGCCAAUGUAUUGUUGCAACUCACUCAAAAAUAAUCUGGAAAAAGCUAGAAUUGACCAAAAGGAUCAUCUGAAAUUUUCAAGAAAAAAAAUAAGCUUUCUUCGUUAUACAUGUAUUUUUUUAAUGACUUUUAUACCAAUUAUUAUAGUAUGUCAUAUUUUUUGUAAUUACCUGUCAUAA